AUGACAACAAAGUCAAGCACGUCCCCACGUGCAUUACGCGCUGCUCGACGUGGAAAGGCGUUGCCGCAACACGAGCGGGAGCACGAGGAGCUGGGGGGACGGGAGGAAAUAGCAGCACACGAGGAGUCGGCGGCUGAUGCAGCUGAGGCUGGGGUAGCGGGAAUGGGGUCUGCUGCUGGGACUGCUGCCGCCUCUGACGAUGGCUCAGCCUCACCCUCGGCUGAGCGCCCGAAUGCGCCGCCGCUACCAGGGGACCAGGGCCAGAGCAGGGCUGGGGAGGAGUCACAGACGGUGUUGGGAGAUUCGCCGUCACCACUCGGGGCGGCGGAGAUCGCGGUGGUCGUGGCUAAGGCAGUGAGGCGACCGGAGCGACCCCCGAAUGAAGAGACUGCGCCGAAUGCCGCUGCGUCCGCCGGAACGUCUACUGCUGCCGCGGCCGCAAACAAGCAGGGGCACGCCCAGGCGGGGAGCGGAAGACUGGGUCCCGGGACCGGCGCCGCUGCUUGCGCCGCUCGCGGGAAGACGGGGAAAAGGCUCCGCGUCCAGCCAGCACCGAGGCGGCCUGGAGCAGGGCUGGGACCUGGCGCCCUGGGACCCCUCCUGGGCUGGCUGCUGCAAGGGCAGCCGCCACGAGAGCCAGAGCAUCCGCCGCCAUCUUCCUAUCGCCCGGUGAUCAACGCUGAAGUGGAUGAGGCUGAAGGUCCCGCGGUACAACAAGCGGAAGUGACAGGAACGGCGGGAGCGGCAAACACGGCGGCACCAGCACCACAAAACACGCGGCGCUCGCCACGACUAGGAGCGGUGACUUGGGGACCGCCGCGAGGAGGCCGAACGUCGUGGAUGCCGGUCGGGCGGGGCGGAACUACGGGUAGCACGAGACCCCCGACGGGCAGAGGGAGAGGAGAGCGUGGGGCCGCUGGGCGUGGCGGGCGUGGAGGACGAGGAGCCCGCGGGGGACGAACGAUCGUGGGCAGGGUUGAACUCCCAGUGCGGGCGGGGCCCUGGCGGGAGAGGCACGAUAGGCCAAAACUUGAAACUGCUCCAGCGAAUGAGGAGGCAGCAGACUCUGACAACUCCGGGAAUGACCCCGGGUUUAUGGGCGGGGAGGAGGAGGAAUCAGAGGAUGUCUCACUGGAGGAUGAGGAGGGAGAGGGAGCGCCUGCCACCGAGGCGACGGUUGUGCCUUUGCCUGCCACCGAGGCGACGGAUGUGCCAUCGCCGGCCGACCUGGCAGACGUCGAAGCCAUCUGGCAGACAGCGGGGGACUGGGACGUGACCCAGAUGCAGCGUGGAGACCAGCCCUUCUUGGUUCGCCUCGUACCCCCUCAGAUCCUGGACAGCUACUGCCUUUGCCUGCUGGCAACACUCCUUCGACUGAAGAAAUUUCCCGACUGCGCGGGUGCCUGGAAGGUUCUCCAAUUUCUGCCGAGACUGACCCUGCGCCCACCUCCCGAACCGGUUUUUGGAAGCAGGUGGGCUCGGAUCGAGGCUCGGCUGCACCAAUUCAAACUCGGCAACUUCGAGGAACUUUUCGAGGAAGCAAGUACCAUCCCCGAAACGGAUGCCCCGAUAAGACACCAACCGGACGAUGAGGGCCUCUGUGCAAGGGCUGAAGGCCUUAUGAAAAAAGGCAGCAUUUCCAAGGCAGUAACCGCGUUACUCACCAGUCCCCUGGCAGAACCAACCCCCGCCACACUUGAGGCCCUCCUCGCGAAACACCCCCCGGGUACGUGCGACAUCCCUUCGUGGGUAACAGGCACCACCUCGUCGGAGCUGUCGGCACCGAUUGACUCUGUUCGCGAAAUACUGGCGAGUUGCCCGAAUGGGGUGGGCGGAGGGCCUUCAGGAACUUGUUUCGAACACAUUCGGGAUCCCGCGCUAGCUAACGAGGAGAUCCUAAUCCUAUUCACCCAGCUACUAAACCGCCUCCUUAGCAGUCCGAUCCGUGACCUGCUCCUCCCAUCGCGCCUCAUUGCACUGGAGAAGCCAAAUGGAGGGGUGCGACCGAUAGCGAUUGGGGAGGCCCUGCUCCGUGUAGCAUCGAAGGCAGCAUUACACGCGCUCGGCCCCAAGAUCCGAGAGUUCUUCCUCCCCGUACAGUUUGGGGUGGCGGUUCAGGGGGGCGCAGAGUGUCCGGCUGCACGCCCCAAGGGGGGUGAGGCUCCCAGUGAGGGUCGGGAUCAGGAGCGGUUGGUGGACGCUCAGGCGAAUCCCAUCCACGCGGGUAAGGGCGACGGGGAGGGGGGAACCGGAAGGCGGUCUGCGGGACGGUUGGCACGAGGGGAUGCUGACGCCGAGGUUGCCGCCACGGAGGUGGCGCCGGCGGAGCAGGGUCUUCAACUAGCGCCUGAGGAGGAGCGACGGGAAGCACAACUGGUACAGGAGGCGCAGUCUGGGGCGGCGCGGACUCGAUCGGCGGCGGCAGCGGCGGCGCUGGGGCCUCCGCCGAGGCCGGUGUUGACGGCUGCGGCAGCGAGGGCACAGGCGCGGAGGCAGUUGACUGCGCCAACGGCUGAAGGGCCGUCCCCGACGCUGACGAAGUCUGCUGCAGCGACGUCACAGACUGGGACAUUCGGGGCGGGAGCUGCAGUGGCUGGGACUGCGCAGCCUGGUUUGGAGGGGACGGACCCAGUGGCCGGACCGCCGGCGGCCCAUACUGGCGCUGGGGACGAGGAGGGCGGCGGCGGCGGAAGGAUUGCCCGCGAGGCCGUAGUUGGGGAGGUGCCCGUCCCCGAGAAAACCGGAACAUCGGCUGGCGAGGAGCCGGUGAGGGAGGAGGAGGCUGGGCGACAGCGCCGCCAACCCCGGCCGCAACUACAUCCGCGGCGGCUCGGAGCAGGGCUGGGACUUGCCCGCCCUGGACCCCUGGCGGGAUGGGAGAGGCAAGAGGACUUGCCGGACGGUCCGGCUGAGGAGGAGGCCGCCGCUUGCCUGUCAUCCGGCCGGCCGGUGAACGCGGCGGAGGAAACCCGUGAGGAGGAUGCCGACCUGGCGGAGGGAGCGGACCAGGAGGAGGAAGUGCUACGCCGGGCGGAGGCAGAACGCAGGCGGAGGACUGGAACGAGCCGUCAGCGAGCACUGCAGGACCAGGCCGACGAUCGCGCGGCAGGCCUACAGCCGUCAAACGCGGCAUCGAGGGCGGCGGGUAGAGGCAGGGGGAGAGGGCGGACCAGGGGGAGAGGCAGCCGAGAUCUGGCGGGAGCUGUGGCGAGGGAGAAAGCCAGAUCUGGUUUCUGGCGGGAACGACAUGGGAGGCCAGAGGAACAGGGUGAGGAGCCAAUGAAUGAAGAAGAGGGGGAGGAAGGGUCAGACUAUAUGGCAUCACAGGAGGCGGAAUCAGAAGAUGCCUCGUUGGAGGCCGAACGUGGGGUGCCCAUCCCAGCCACAGAGAGGGGACAGGGGUCUGGACAGGGACGGAGAGAGGAGGGUGCUGACGUGGGGGAAUCCGCACCGCAGCAGCCCAACGAGGCUGCCAGCAAGGAGCGUAAUCCCACCAUCAUCGUGGAUGAUGAGGGCACGUGGCUGAGGGUACACGCAUGGGAUCUGGGGCCACUGCAGUCCAGCGCGCAACCCUUCUUGCUCCACAAAGUAGUAAACGGGCUUCUUAGCGCGUACCAGAACGUGCAGCUGCAAGACCUCCUGCUCCCAGCCAGGUUGAUAGCGCUCGAGAAGCCGGACGGGGGCGUGAGACCCAUAGCGAUUGGCGAGGCGGUUCUUAGAAUCACGGCCAAGGCAGCACUUCGCGAACUCGCGGCGGAGAUCCGCGGGUAUUUUCUCCCGGUUCAAUUCGGCGUCGCCGUCCCCGGACUUGCUGCUGCAAGGAGCCGACAUACAGGUCCACCCUCUCCAACGAGUGGCGGCGCUGCUGUCGCCACACGAGGAGGGGGGGGCGAGUGGGGGGAGGACGACCUUGCAAGAUCUGCGGAACAGGCUCCCCGAAUCAGCGCGUGA